GGACCUAAAUCGUGGCGAGCGAGCCUGUAUCCUCCUUGUCAUAAAGCCGAAGCAGUACAGCACAACAUAACCAUUCACGCACACGCACACACACACACACACACACCGACACCGACACCGACAUAGCAUCCUACCGGCAGACACACCACAAAAGAAAGGCUGAUCGGUGAUUACGGCACGAAUCAGGACGCUGCAAGGAGCCGAGGACAGACACCUAGGACAGACAGACAGACCCAGCCAGAGACCUCUGUCCAACCUGAGACUAAGGAUUCCUGUUAAAUGGCUGAUAAGCAAGUCAGUUUGCCUGCGAAGCUGAUCAAUGGUGGCAUCGCUGGGCUGAUCGGGGUCACCUGUGUCUUUCCAAUCGACCUGGCCAAGACUCGCCUGCAGAACCAGCAGAAUGGGUCCCGCCUCUACAGCAGCCUGUCAGACUGCCUCCUCAAGACUAUCCGAUCGGACGGGUACUUCGGGAUGUACAGAGGGGCCGCAGUGAACCUCACCCUGGUCACCCCAGAGAAGGCCAUCAAGCUCGCAGCCAAUGACUUCUUCAGGGAGAUGCUCUCCAGGGAUGGGCAGAAGCUGACCCUGCUCAAGGAGAUGCUGGCUGGGUGUGGCGCAGGGACCUGUCAGGUAAUCGUCACCACGCCCAUGGAGAUGCUCAAGAUACAGCUGCAGGACGCAGGGAGGAUAGAGGCUCAGAGGAAGUUGAUUCCACAGGCCGUAAGUUCCGCCCCCACCAGCAGCGUUGCCACGGAGAUAAAGAGGCCCCAGACCGCCAUUCAGAUAAGCAGGGAGCUGCUGAGGAGCAAGGGCAUCGCGGGGCUCUACAAGGGCCUGGGGGCCACGCUGGCCAGGGAUGUUCCCUUCUCCAUCAUUUACUUCCCCCUGUUUGCUAACCUGAAUAAGCUGGGGCAGAAGCACCCCGACACCAAGGCUCCCUUCUACGUGUCCUUCCUGUCGGGCUGCGUGGCCGGGAGCACCGCGGCCGUGGCUGUGAACCCCUGCGACGUAAUCAAGACGAGGCUGCAGUCUCUGCAGAAAGGAGCUCAUGAGGACACUUACUCUGGAGUCGUGGACUGUGUCAGGAAGAUCCUUCGCAAGGAGGGUCCCGCUGCUUUCCUGAAGGGGGCGUACUGCCGGGCGCUGGUCAUCGCGCCACUCUUCGGCAUUGCGCAGGUCAUCUACUUCCUGGGGGUCGGCGAGGUCAUCCUAGACUUCCUGCCCCGUGGGCGACACGACUAACCGCCCCCAACACACAAACGCACACAGAGACACACAGACAGAGUCCCAGAACUGACCACGCAACACACAAACGCACACAGAGACACACACACAGACACACACAGACACACACAGAGACACUGACACUACACACAGUCCUGCUGCUGAGCAGUUAGCUGACAGGUCCCGAAAUGUUUUUUAAUUGUUUCGUUUUUUUUUGGCUCUCUGCAUUUUUAACACGGUGCUGUAAUGUGACUGAGGGAUCCUCUCAAUGGACAUUUUGUAGCCAGGGGUCCAAAAAACAAAAAGGUUGUUUAGUGUUCGUUUUGAAUUUGUUAACUGAGUGACAGACCAGACUGAGAGGUUAGCUGGGAGCCAACAGGGAGUCUGCAAUAUUUAAAUGUAUAAACUGUUCAUCAGACGUAAAAAUAUAAUCAUUUGUCUUUGUUCCAGCCCUGUUCUAAGUUGUUCAAUUGAACCCAAUUAAACCUCCAUCCAGACCCUGAAGUGAUUCAUUAUCUCAUUUUACCUGUAAAACCUGGAGUGGAAUUCUGGCCCUGCAGGACCGGGAUGGGACACCCCUGGGUCAGAGAGAACAGGCUGGUUUAUGUUGCGCUCGUGUUUUUAAUGGGUAUGCAGUUUCUCGUAGCUCUGAUCUGAAAGAUGUUUCUUAUGAAUAUAUAUUUUUCCAAUGCAGCUAGGUAGCAAUUUUACGUUAUAUAUAUAUAUUUAAAAAUAAAACCUGUAUUGACUAUUUUGACUUCAUGUUACGGUGUGUCAUGGGGUGAUGGUCCGAGCUUACCCCCUCCCACAAUCACAUUAUUCUCUUAAGAACACAGAGGUAUUUAGAACUCAGGAAACAGCAACUUGCUUGUGUUCACAGAUAUAUGUAUUAUUUUCGUAAUGGAAACUUCACUAACAGUUUGUACCAAAGGACUGACAUUCACAAGACAAGCUCACGACUGACCACCUAAUGCUACUGCUCCUCCUAAGAGACAUGGCAUUAAAUAAUAAUGAAUUCAUUAUUCAAUAAACUAUUCCAUUUACAAUAAACAUUCCUAGAAUUUACAUGACACGUGUUUCUUCUCAGUUAUACAUAUUUGUUUAACCCGCAUGAAUACUGUCUUUGCUUACUCAUUAUUAUUCUCUAGUCCCUAACUGAACAUACGGCUAUAAAGUGCAUUACCCUUUUUACAGAAAAUAGUAUACAGAAUAGUAUAUUGUGAUUUAGUAAUUGAAAUGGUAUAUUGCAAUGGUGAACUGAACAGUAAUUCAAAUGGUAUUUUCAAUGGUGAACUGAACAGUAAUUUACAUGGAUAUGAAGUUUACUUCAUUCUUUCUCAUUUAAAAAAGAAAGUGCAACUAACAACAAUAGAGAACCUCUUGAAUGAACUCUUCACUCUAGAGGUCGUUCAGAAAUAAUCAGCCAACGUUUUCAGGCAGGAAUACACAAUGCUUUUAUUAAAGAAUGUAAAGGUGUCAUUUUAAUAGACUCUACAAUUUGUUUUAAAAUAAAUAAAUAAAUAAAUAAAUAAAUAAAUAAAAAAGCAUGUCUCGGUUUUUAAAUAAAAGGUGUAGAAUUGAGGCUUUGGUCAUAACCAGAACCAGUCUCAGCUGACACAUGACAAUACCAGAACCAGACUCAGCUGACACAUGACAAUACCAGAACCAGACUCAGCUGACACACGACAAUACCAGAACCAGACUCAGCUGACACA